AUGCCUAUUAUCCCCAGACUCUCCUCGUUCUUUAACAAAGGUCGUGAAAGCAACGACGUCUCCGAGCCGGAGGACCAUCCGUCGCCGCCAGAAGACGGUCGCGAGAAGGGCCUCGCCGAAGAGCAAAACAAGGACAUUUACUCCAGCGACGGCGAGAGCAUAUCUUCAGGACAGGAUGGUGUCAAAAAGGCACAGGCGACGACGAUUGUCUGGACGAGGAAGUCACUUGUCAUUGCAUAUGCGCUAAUCUUCCUCAUCUUCUUUGUCAACUCGCUCGGCCAGCAGAUCUCCAACAAUGUCCUCAGAUUUGUCACGAGUGAUUUCAACCGGCACCCCCUCACCGCGACCACCAGCAUCGUCUCCAGUCUUGUUGCUGGCGUGAUCAAGCUGCCGAUAGCUAAGAUCAUGGACAUCUUCGGUCGCAUCUAUGGCUUCGGUCUGAUGGUCUUCUGCGCAGUCGUUGGCUUGAUCAUGAUGGCCGCCUGCAACAGCGUCACCACCUACGCGGCAGCUCAAGUCUUUUACUGGGUUGGUAUGAACGGCAUCGCUUACGUUCUGGACGUCUUCAUCGCCGACACAUCUUCGCUCAAAUGGCGAGGACUGAUGCUCGCGUUCUCAACGAGUCCGUACAUUGCUACCACAUUCGCUGGUCCAGCCGCCGCGGCCAGAUACAUGGAAGGAGCCGGAUGGCGAUGGGUAUACGGCACGUUUGCCAUUGUCACUCCCGCCAUGUGCGCGCCCUUCCUGUGGGUAUUCUGGCGCAACCAGCAACUUGCGCGGAAGCAAGGUAUCCUUGUCGACAGGCGAGAAGCAAGUGGACGGACUUGGUACCAGUCUCUGAAGUAUUACUUCAUCGAGUUCGAUUUCUUCGGCAUGAUCCUUAUCAUUGCCGGCUGGUCUCUCCUGCUCCUCCCAUUCAGCCUUGCCUCUUCCUCCGCAAACGAAUGGCAGUCCGCAUCGAUUAUCGCCAUGCUGGUGAUCGGCUUCUGCUUGCUCGUCAUCUUCGUCAUCUGGGAGCGCUUCUUCGCUACAAAGUCCUUUUUACCAUUCAAGCUUCUCACGGACCGCACAGUCAUCGGAUCUUGCCUCACAGCGGGGACCCUGUUCAUCAGCUUCUACUGCUGGGACGUUUACUUCAGCUCCUACAUGCAGGUUGUAUUUGAUCUCAGCAUCGCAGAUGCCGGCUACGUCUACAACAUCUACAGCAUCGGCUCCUGCUUCUGGAGUAUCGUUGUCGGCCUUUUGAUACCAGCGAGUGGGCGCUUCAAGUGGCUCGCCCUCUGCGCGAUUCCACUGAUGAUCCUCGGAACUGGACUGAUGAUCCACUUCCGCCAGCCGCACCAUUCGAUCGGAUACGUGAUCAUGUGCCAGAUCUUCAUCGCGUUCGCCGGCGGCACGAUCGUCAUAUGCCAGCAGGUCGCCAUCAUGGCCGCUGUCGGGCCGGAGAACAUCGCGGUCGCCCUGGCUUUGCAGUCACUCUUCACUGCCAUUGGCGGCUCCAUCGGACAGGCCAUCAGCGGCGGCAUCUGGACGAAUACCCUUCUGGCGCAGUUGGAGCGGCAUCUGCCCUCAGGUUUGAAGGAUCAAGCUUCCGACAUAUAUCUCGACAUCAACGUACCGCUGGGCUAUGCAUGGGGCAGUCCAGGACGAGAGGGCACCAUCGAGGCAUAUGCGGCUACGCAGCGGUACAUGUGUAUUGCAGCGACUGCCGUGCUAGCGUUGAUGAUUGUCUGGGUGAUGAUGUGGAGGAACUACUCCGUCCAUGACUUCAAGAAGCCGAGGGGUGCGAAGAUUAUUUGA